ACAGGAGAAAGUGGAAAGAGUACUUUCAUUAAAUGAAUCAGGAUUAUUCAUGGAUCAGAUUAUACAGAAGAAGACAGGAAAGGCUUCACAAAACUGGUUUAUCAAAAUAUAUGUACUGCCAUGCAAGCUACGAUCAGAGCCAUGGACAUGCUGAAAACAUACUACACAUCUGAAGAAAAUGAGGAGAGUGCUCAGAUGAUCAAAAGAGUGGAAGUGGAUAAAGUGACAGCGCUGGAAAGAGAACAAGUUGAACCAAUCAAGAAUCUUUGGGAAGACCCAGGAAUUCAAGAGUGCUAUGACAGAGGGAGUAUCAGCUCUCAAAUUCUGCUUAGUACACAGCAGUGUCAUCUUAGAAGUUAAUGCCAGCUACGUACGAAAAGCACAUGAAGGCUAAGAGGGACUAAGUUGAGAAUGAUGGCAUGGACAGAAGAGAAACUAAAUGCAUCAUCUUCUACAUAAAAAUAUAUAAGGUUGGUGCAUUCAUAUGUGCAAUGCUUUACAUUAACGAUUUACUAUUCUUCUGAAUCCUGUCAGCAGCCUUUCACAUUUGCGUGCAAUAUUAACAGCACAUGUGAAGUGCCAGGAGAUAGAAAAAACGUUGAUAAACAAUUACAUUACAGCAAGGAUUGAUGUGUGUUUUCAAAUCUUAGCUACUGUGAUUACUUUGAAGUAAUAGCAAAGAUUAUACAAAUAAAGAUCAUCACCUGGAGCAUAAGAAGAUUUUUGAACAUUUCAACUUUUAUUUUUUUUUUACUACUCUGUUAAAGUUUUUUUAGUUUUACACCAGUAACAAUUGUUCUUAUGCCAGAAGAACAAAAUGGAAUUUCUGUUCAUUUACUUUUUUGGGGAAAUUACUGCACUGCUGAUCAGUGCUCUUGUUUUGAAUCUAUAUGAUUAAAUUAUGUGAGUGCCUUAA